ACUCUCCCGACCGUUUCUCCUCCCAUCACCCCACGAACGGAUUCCGCCCUUUAGCUCCCCGUUUCAUCUUCCCUAGUUCAUAACUGAGGCAAAAAUCAAGGUAGGGCGGUGCUCUACUGGGUUCUCCGUCCGUGGAGCACGCAAGUGUGUUAUACAGUCGUAUUGACGAUGGAGCUGCUCUUCGGGUGAUUUAGUCCAGGUUGCAUUCAGAGGAUUUGAUUGUUGCUAAGUUAAGUCUCCUUCCUGCGUAGUGUUUGGGUUUGGUGGGAUGAGAUGCAAGUAUUUGUAUGAAUUUCCUUGCUGUUUGCACACCACGCCCAUUCCUAUGUCGGAUCAGUGAAGAUUCAUAGCUCAGUUUUGUGUGUGAUGAUGUCGAUUAGUUAGUCUGUGGUGCGUAUCACUUCCAUUAACUCCCAUUCGGAUCUUGAUUGGGCGGUUAUUCGUCCUGAUUGCCUGCUCACCCCCAUGUUAUCUGCUGGGGGUUUCACGGGUUGUAUCAUGCACUUGAGGAGGUGUUUCUAUUGUGAACGUUGUGGUGUCGGCAGAGCACUGCAAGUGUGAUUAUCAUGGAGGAACCCUGCUGAUGACUUAAUACACGUAGCAUUUAUCAAGAUUCUUUUAUUGGUAAUUUGAGUUUUGUUGAAGAAUAGGAAUAUUUUUAAAGCGUGUUAGGGUUUUCAGGACAUGCUCCACUGGUCAUAGAGUGAUAAUAAAGUGAAGAGCUCAUUGGUGAGGGAAGCCGGCUAGAGCAAUGUUCUCCUUAGCCCAUGGUCUAUGGAAGUACAUCUUUAACAAGACGGAGUUCCAUGUUCUUGUUCUUGGCGUUGACAAGGCUGGCAAGACAACAUUGUUGGAAAAGUUGAAGUCAACUUAUCUGAAAGGGGAAGGACUUCCACCUGAUCUUAUUGUUCCUACUGUUGGGCUUAAUAUUGGCCGUAUUGAGGAUGCAAAUGCAAAACUUAUUUUCUGGGAUCUGGGAGGUCAGGUUGGUCUACGCACGAUUUGGGAAAAAUAUUACCAAGAGGCACAUGCUAUAAUAUAUGUUAUUGAUGCUGCUGCUGCAUCAUCAUUUGAAGAUGCCAAAUUUGCUUUGGAAAAGGUUCUUCGCCAUGAGGAUCUCAAAGGGGCACCGGUCCUGAUAUUUGCCAAUAAACAGGACUUGCCUGGAGUUAUCCCUGAAGAAGAAUUGACUAGACAUCUACAUCUUAAAGAGCUAAAUGAGAGGCCAUAUAUGUUUCAGGCUGUAUCUGCCUAUGAUGGGAGGGGGAUCAAAUCUGGCAUAGACUGGCUGGUCGAACAAAUGGAAAAAAGCAAGCGCACUGAGGUUCUAAGGGAACGUGCAGUCGUAGCUGGGCAGAUUUAGAACAUCGACCUGCAGUUGUCAUCAUUCAUUUUGGGAACGCGCAUGUCAUUUGAUGCUGAUGGUAAUUUUCAGUUACGAGGUUAACCCUUCAGACUGCCCUGCACAAAUUGCUUAGGUUGUUCAGCCCUUAUACUGUGGUGAUGGUGAGGUGACUCAUUUGGUUUUUGUGCAUUCUUCUGUAUCUAAAGAUCCCUUUAGGAGUCGUUGAUAUGAUUGUUUUUAUAUAUGGUACAGAGAGGUCAAAGAGCGGAUGUACUUCUUUCAUGUUCUUUGUGAAUGGGAAAGAAAAGAGUGGCGGAGAUUAUUUUUUUGUAAAUGUGAGUUCCAUAGCAUGAACUGUGUGGAGUUGAAUUUGUGUUAGAUCAAGAGCUAGAAACUUAAACAGCUGAAUUCAGCUUGGCUUC